AUGGACUCCGAAGAAGUGGUGGAUAACUUUGUGCACAAGUGCUGGGACACCGUCAGCAAAGGGAAAGAUUACAUUUAUGUCCUACAACUACGAGAGCUCAUAUCGGAAUUGGAGCUCCAAUUGAACGGACAGAACUUUCUUAAACAUGAUGAAACAAAACUUUUGAACGAGAUGAUUCAAGAUAAACCCACCUUAAAGUUAUACAAGCUGGAACUCAAAAACUUCGUGUUGAAGCUUGUAAAACAUACAAGUCUUUUGAGGUUUCUAACAGAGCGAACUGGUAUAUCUCGAGCAAACUUGGUUUCAUUGAUCACCAAUCCUUCCAAAUCAUACCCAUUAUCCCCCAAUCAAACUGUUAACCACAUGUCGAGACCAUUCAUGAAAAGAGGCCUUGGGUCCUUCAAAUCAAUGAAUAUGCAGGAGAAUCAAGUCAACCAAAGGGAGGACCACAUAUCAUUGAUUUCUCGUGAAAAUAGUGAUUUGCAGAGCCUGAACAAAGAACAUCAGUUCAGGAUACGAAGUCUCGAGAAACAAAACCAGAGCUUGAAAGACUAUAUCGAGACCCUCGAAAAAGAGGCAAGGAGUACGUCCAUUGUAACCUCCACCAAAGGUAAUAAGUCCCAAGACCUGGUGACACGAGACCUUAUCAACCAGUGCAACCAACGAGACAAAACUAUAAAAGUACUAGAAAGCAUGUGUGAACAGUAUCAGAAAGAGUUUGAGAAGUUGAAAGAGAACUCUGUCAUCAAAAACUUGACGGCCAAUUUGGAGCAGCAGAACCAGUUAAUCGACUCACUUCAAAGUAAGUUGAGGUUGCAGUCUGACAACCAUAGUGAGGAAUUACAACAGUUUCUCUUCAAGAUCCCGCUACUAAAACAGUAUAGAAUGUAUUAUAGGUAUAAAGAACAACACAAGAACGUGGGGAUUGUGUUUGUGAAUGUUGUUACCUUAAUCAUCACCUGUAUUAUAAUCAUGACGAUUCUACGGAUUUUUUAUUUCAUUACCUUGAAUGUCUUUAACAACCACAAUUCAGGAGCUGAGUAUAUCUACGACACAUAUGGAAUCAACCACUGGGGGGAUGAGUACCCAGUUUCAAUGGUUUGGUGGAAAGAAUUUCAGUGGCUCGAGUAUUUGGCAUACCAAAUGGGAGACUGGUUUGAGACAAGAUAG